AUGCGGCUGCUCGUUUCACGCCUCGCCGCAUCCGCUGAGGAACAGGUGGGGGAGUGGCAGAAGUGCAGUCAAGACUGCGGGGGCGGUACGCACGUCAGAGACAUCGCCUGCAAGGCGUCAGACGGCAACCUCGUUGCGGAGUCCUUCUGUGCCGGUGCUCCAAGACCUGACACCCAAGAGACGUGCAAUACGAGCCCCUGUUUGAAUGUCGACCCCUUUCUCAGUCAACCACCGCCGCUCGACGUCUGGACAGCGGGGCAAACGCACAACGUUUCCUGGGGAGGGGGGAUACAGUACGGGACCGUUCUGCUGCAAGCCAAACUGCUUGCUUCGUCCCUGUCUGCACAGCAGCUGACUGCAACGGAUGAGUGGAACCAUGGGUCCAAAAUUGGGCUCCCGAUGGUUGCAGUGUCGAAUACUGGAAGCUUCGUUGUGAGGAUACCUGAUGCGGCCCGUUCGGCGCUUGUUUCAUUGAGGUUACUUUCGACCGAUGCCAACGGCACGAAGACGGCCACAACAAACGGACCGCUGGUCGUUCGCGGGCUGGUCACCUACACGGUUAUCUUAACCGCAGUCUCUCGAGCUCCCGGCCCGCCAGCCAGCCUGCCCCUCGGAGCGUCCGUUACACUGUACGGCUCGCUCGACUCCUCCGCUUCGUUCUCGGUCGGUGCAACCUCCCCCGGGCAGCUCUCAGUCACCAAAAUGGUUCAACAACUAGACCUUGGGGCAGUGUCCCAGUGUGCGGUGACGGGGCCAAGCUGGAUGGGCUCGGUUCAAGUGUUGGCCGGGCAAGACGGGUUAGUGCGAACCUUCGGGUUUGAUAACCCGCCAACCGGCGCGAAUUCCCUUCGCUCCGACUGCGCCCAGAUCCAAGACUGCUUCGCCUGCUCUGCCACGGAGGGCUGCGGCUGGUGCGCUUCAGGUUCCGGUUCCGGUUCCGGUCCGCAGUGUCUCCCGGGCGACGACUUUGGGCCGUACGUGGGGGUCUGCUCGCAGCCGGUUGAAGCGGCCCUCAUAGCGUAUGCGUGGGCGGCGAAUCCGGGCACGUGCGCUGAUCCCUGCCGCCUUUCCGGCGCGCGCACUUGCAGCGACUGCGCGCUCAAGGCCGGCUGCGGCUGGUGCGAGGCGACCUGCUCCUGCCUUAAGGGCAACGAAACGUCGCCGGAAUUCUUCCCCUGCCCCCGUACCCCGAGCCUCCCCCAGCCGUGGAGCCUGUCUGCGCAGCAGUGCGGCGCGGGCGGCACCUGCGCGGCCGCGGGCGGCCCGAAGGCGCUCGUCGUGGCCGCGCUGCUCCAAACCUCCCAAACCUUCGCCUUUCUCGAUGGGUCGGCUUCCACGCCCUGCGCCACGUGCUACGGCGUCGACUGUGGCCCGCACGGGGAGUGCAUUCACACCAGCGACCAGGCGGUCUGCCAGUGCAAGGCCGGCUACACCGAGCCUAAGUGUGAAUUGCCACCCAGUCCCUGCACCGGUUUUGAUUCCUCCCAGGGCGUUCGAACCUGUGCACUGAGCGGCGACUCUAGUUACCUUUUUGUAUGCGCCGACGGCAGGACGGGUCUUGACUGCGCACCUCCGACCCUUUCCUCGACGAGUGUGAAUACCCCCCCAGUAAGCCCAAGCGCGAGCCCGGUUCCAAGCUUAAGCGCCGCCCCGAGCGCAAACGCCAGUUCUAGCCGGUCCCCGGUUCCUUCCCCGAGCGCCAGUCGGAGCCCCGCCCCGAGUCCCAGCCGUAGCCCGCUUGUCUGCUUCAACAACUGCAACGGCCACGGCACGUGCGUCGCCAACAACAAGUGUGCGUGCGCGGCCGGGUGGGACGGCGGCAACUGCGCGGCGCUCGGGUGGAACUGCUUCUGCGACUGCCCGCAGGACGAGCGCACGUGUCUGAAGACCGCCGGCUGCCGCUGGUGCAUCGACAACAAUUACAACAGCGGGUGCAUCCCCACGCGCGACGACAACGGCCAGUGCACGCGCGCGCGCCGGCGGCUACUUGACGCGCCCGCGGCCGCGCCGCGCGAGAGCUGCUUCCUUUGGCAGCAGGCGGCCGGGCCGAACCAACCGGCGGUGCAAAAUGCGCUUUCAAGGGUGGCGAACGUGACCGGGCUUGUACCCGGGAGCUACACCUUCGUGCUGACGUCAACGGAUAACGACGGCCGCGCUUCCAACGCGACCAUCCAAGUUGGCGCUGCCGCAACUCCCGUUCCGGUUCCGUCGUCCACUCCGGUCGCGACCCCUAAUUUCGGAACGGAAUCCCCCGGUCCAGUCCCAAAUCCUCCACAGGCCACAGGCCCUCCCCCUCUGGCCGUUCCUCCCCCGAUUCAAACGUCGCCCCCCCUCCAAAACCCUCCCCCCGUCACAAUCGAGAUCCCCACCCCAAUCUCAUUGCCCCCUCCUGCUUCCCCCGCGAAAAUGCCUCCACCGCGUUUCGAUGCCUCCCCCGAGUUCACUUCCUCCCCCCGUUUCUAUGCCUCCCCCAAUCUCACCUCCCCCCGUUUCGAUGCCUCCCCCGAGUUCACUCCCCCCCCCGUAUCGAUGCCUCCCCCGAUCUCACCUCCCCCCCUUUCGAUGUCUCCCCCAAUCUCAUUUCCUCCUCCCGUUUGGAUGCCUCCCCCAACCUCGCUUCCUCCCCCCGCAGCAACUCCAGCCCCUCCCACAACGCCUCCUCCCGCCGCAAAUCCUCCCCCUGUUUCGAAUCCCACAGGUGCCACAGUUCCUCCCCCAACCACAACUGCUUCACCACCCAGAGAACCCCCCCCAGCGGCAGUCCCUCCCCCGGCCGAAAUUCCGCCUCCCUCUGCUGCAAACCCUCCCCCGGCCGCAACUCCUCCCUUUUCAAUCCUCCCUCCGCCUGCUACACUCCCUCCUCCGCCUUCAUUUCCCCCCCCGGUGGCAACCAGUGCAAGUCCCAGCCCGGUUGUUAGCCCAUCAAACAGCCCGGUUCCUAGUCCUUCAGAGAGCCCGGUCUCGAGCCCCUCCAUUUCCUUAAGCCCACUUCCCAGCCCUUCCCCUAGCCCUUCGCAAAGCCCCUCUUCGAGCCCGACCCCGAGUGCCUCCUCUAGUCCAGCCCCAAGCUCUUCGUCCAGUCUGAGUCCUUCCUCCACUCUAAAACCAAGCGCUUCACCCAGUUCCGUCCCGAGCCCUUCCGCCAGCGCCUCCGGAAGCCCUCUCCCCAGCCCGUCCGCAAAAGCAUCCCCCAGCCUAGUUCCCGUUCCGUCGCCGAGUUCCGCUGCAAGCCCUUCCGUCUCCCCUACGAUUCAGUCCCCCAGCAGCGCUCCUUCUCUGUCACCCCCCGCAAUUUCGCCCUCUCCAAGCCCCCCCGCCGCGGCUGUCGCCGCCACUCUGAACCUUGGCGUCGCGCUGGCAAAUCUCGCCGACCCAGAAGCGGUCCAAACCGGGGACAUCGAGCGGUCGCUGGCCGCCGCAAACGGGCUCGACGCGGGCGCCGUUUCGGUCGCCUCCAUUCCGUUCAGUGUGGCCCAGUCGUGCGCCAUCGGUAACGUCAGCCCCGGGGAGUGGGCCGACGGGGGCGGCCGCGACGCGUUCGUCCGCGCGAUCGCGGCGGAGUCCGGCGUCGAUCCGUCUUCCGUUUCCGUCGAGAGCGCCGCGGAAAGCAGGCGGCGCCGCGGGCUGCUCCAGUCCGCCGGAACCCUCCGGGUGUCCUUCAGCAUCCUGUGCGGGGACGGCGCGCAGGCCAAGGCCGUGAUCCAGUCGGUAACGGGCGCUUUCGACAGCGGGAGCGUUACCUCCGCUCUAGUUGCCCUCGGCCUGGCCCCCACGCAGGUGCAGGCCGCCGACCCGCCGACCGUCAGCGCCCACGUGGAGGUCGUCAUCAGCGUCACCGUGAACCGCACGGCUGACGUCACCGCCGUCGCGUCGGCGAUCUCGCAGUCCGUGUCUUCGGGCUCGUUUUCGUCGGCUCUGCAAGAGAGGGGUGUCAGCGCAGACACUCUAGUCGUGUCGGUUCCCACAUGGUCGAUUGUGACAUUCCCACCCCCAGCGCCGGCUGCUUCCCCAACGCCAGUUCACCCCCCCCCUCCCUCGUUCCCGCAAUACCCCCCUUAUCCUUCAGCCUCCCCUUAUCCAAAUCCAGCCUCGUUCCCUCCACCCCCUAACAGUCCGACAAUCCCACCGCCGGAGGUAAAGAAAGGAGGCUGUUUUGCGGCCGACGCAGAAGUGACCUUAGAGGACGGAACGGCAAAGCGGAUGGCGGACCUUUGCUUGGGAGACCGAGUCUUUGUCAUAGACCCACGAGACGGUCGCCUCUUUGUUGAGGAGGUUUAUUGGUUCACUCACAAGUCCGAUGAACAGGCCACAUACGUUCGUCUACAAACCGAGGAGGGAGCCAGCAUAUCCGGGACUCCGCAUCAUUACGUCUUCGCCCACCGCCCCCCGGCUAGCACCGCUGCUUCUGCCCUCAGUUUCGCCAACGCUACUAUUGUGACAUUCAGUGAGGUCCGAGUAGGGGACCUCGUUUGGGUGGCCCGGGGAUAUCCAUCCAACGGUCAAUCCGCGCUUCUGGCCCAGAGAGUUGCGAACAUUACUGAGGUUUCUCUGCCCGGGAUGUAUAGUCCCAAAACCUUGAGCGGUACCAUUUUGGUCAACCACGUGGCAGCACUGCAGUUCACCGCCGCUCUUCCGAGGGCCAUGUGGGCUUUCCACGUGGCAAUGCUUCCCGCUCGGUUCGUCAGGAGCUUUGUGCCUAGGGCGCCGCUAAACUGGGUGUUUCAGCUCCUUUGA